UUUGUGGGCUGGUUUCGCAACUUCCGUUUGUGAGUUUUUAUUUUCCUGUGCAGUCUCAUCAUGCAUCGUUGUUUGCUCUCUCUCCUGUCUGUCCGACACAGCGCUGGCAGUCGGAAACUGCUGUCUGCGGCAAUUCGAGUGCCCACUGCAACGAGACCGGUCAGAAUGGCUAGCACUGAACCUUAUAGAAUUGAAUCUGACACUUUUGGAGAGCUCAAAGUCCCAAAUGACAAAUACUAUGGGGCUCAGACUGUGCGCUCCACUAUGAACUUCAAAAUCGGCGGUGUGACUGAACGAAUGCCAAUUCCUGUUAUAAGAGCAUUUGGAAUAUUAAAAAGGGCUGCUGCUGAAGUUAAUCAGGACUAUGGACUUGAUCCCAAAAUUGCCAGUUAUAUAAUCAAAGCUGCUGACGAGGUGUCGGCUGGCAAAUUAAAUGAUCAUUUUCCACUCGUUGUAUGGCAAACUGGCUCUGGAACACAGACAAAUAUGAAUGUAAAUGAAGUUAUCAGUAAUAGAGCCAUUGAAAUGAUGGGAGGGAAACUUGGAAGUAAAAAGCCAGUACAUCCUAAUGAUCAUGUUAACCAAAGCCAGAGUUCUAAUGAUACAUUUCCUACAGCAAUGCACAUUGCUGCAGCAAAAGAAGUACACGAUGUUCUUUUGCCUGGGUUACAGAAGCUUCACGACUCCUUACAAUUAAAGUCCAAAGAAUUUGAGAAUAUUAUAAAAAUUGGACGUACUCAUACGCAAGAUGCAGUGCCGCUUACUCUUGGUCAGGAGUUUAGUGGUUAUGUACAGCAAGUUCAAUAUGGUAUAGAGAGAAUUAAGAGUGCAUUGCCAAGGGUUUACGAAUUGGCAGCUGGAGGAACAGCAGUGGGAACUGGGUUGAAUACGAAGAUUGGUUUUGCUGAAAAAGUUGCUGCAAAAGUGUCUAGUAUUACAGGUUUGCCAUUUAUCACUGCACCUAAUAAGUUUGAGUCUCUUGCUGCUCACGAUGCGUUGGUUGAAUUGAGUGGUUCAUUAAACACCCUUGCAUGCAGCUUAAUGAAGAUUGCAAAUGAUAUACGAUUUUUGGCUUCUGGACCAAGAUCUGGCCUUGGAGAACUAAUUUUGCCUGAAAAUGAACCUGGAAGUAGCAUUAUGCCAGGAAAAGUGAAUCCUACACAAUGUGAGGCCAUUACAAUGGUGGCAGCUCAAGUGAUGGGAAAUAAUGUUGCUGUAACAAUUGGAGGAAGCAACGGGCAUUUUGAAUUAAAUGUUUUCAAACCUUUAAUAAUUAAAAAUGUUUUACAUUCUAUACAGUUGCUAGGUGAUGCAUCAGUUUCAUUUGCUGACAAUUGUGUUUCUGGAAUACAAGCUAAUACAGAGAGAAUCAACAAACUAAUGAAUGAAUCUUUAAUGCUUGUAACUGCACUUAAUCCUCAUAUAGGUUAUGAUAAAGCCGCUAAAAUUGCCAAAACGGCCCAUAAGGACGGGGCUACAUUGAAGGAAACUGCUGUUCGUCUUGGACUCCUUACAAAAGAACAGUUUGACGAGUGGGUCAAGCCAGAAGACAUGCUUGGCCCCAAAUGAAAUUUGAAAUGGAGAGAGAUUUUGUAAAGAGAGAUUUCGUGUUAAUCUGUAAAUAAAAAAAAUUUAAAAAAAAUGUUUUUUUUAUUAUUGGCAUUGAAAUUGCAAAUAAAGAAACUAUAGAUACAUAAAAU